AUGUCCCAGGAAUGAUUCAGAAGAAGCGAGAUAAACAGGCUUUAAACGCGGAAGAAAUCCGUUACUUUGUGCAAGGAGUAACAAAGCAAACCAUCCAAGACUGCCAGAUAGGUGCCAUGCUAAUGGCAAUUCGUCUUCAGGGAAUGACACAGGAGGAGACCGUGAAUCUAACCAAGGAGAUGAAAGUUUCUGGUGUCACCCUGCAAUGGCCAAAAGAAUGGUUGGGCUUGGUAGUUGACAAGCAUUCGACAGGAGGAGUCGGGGACAAGGUCAGCCUCAUUCUAGCACCAGCACUGGCUGCCUGUGGGUGCAAGGUUCCGAUGAUCAGUGGCCGAGGACUGGGACACACGGGGGGCACACUGGACAAGAUGGAAUCUAUCCCGGGAUUCAACGUUGAGCAGAGCCCAGGGAAGAUGAAGGAUAUCUUGUCUAAGGUUGGCUGUUGCAUUGUCGGGCAGACUGCCAAACUGGUGCCAGCUGAUAAGAAGCUUUACGCAAUCAGGGAUAUGACAUCGACUGUGGACAGUCUUCCCCUCAUAGCAGCUUCCAUAAUGUCGAAGAAAGGAGCUGAGUCUCUUACUGCUCUGAUGCUGGAUGUGAAAUUUGGAGAAGGAGCAUUGUUCAAGGAGAUCAACAGCGCCAAGGAGCUGGCACAAUACCUGGUAGAUAUUGGAAAUGACUUGGGGGUUCAAACUGCUGCUGCCCUCUCUCGGAUGGACAGUCCCAUCGGGAGAUGUGUUGGGAACUCUCUAGAAGUCAUCGAAUCCAUUGAAUGCCUGAACGGAAGGGGGCCCAAGGACUUGGAGGAACUGGUCAUCUGCUUAGGAAGCCACCUGCUCAAUAUGUGCAAAAAAGCUGAGAGCUUAGAGGCUGGAGAGAAGGCCAUCAAAGAUGUGUUGAAGAAUGGCUGUGCUCUGGACAAGUUCCAAGCCAUGCUGGUGGCACAGGGAGUGACUACCGACUUGGCCAAAGAUCUGUGUCAGGGAAUGAGGGUCCUGGAGCGUGCAGUCAAACAGGAAGAACUGAAGGCACAGGCUGGAGGGGUAGUUCAGGCGAUCCACUCCUUGCCGGUAGCAAAGGUAUUGCAUGAACUGGGAGCGGGACGCGACCAACUUGAUCAUUCGAUCAACUGGAGUGUUGGAAUAGAACUUCUGAAAACUGUGGGUGACAAGAUUAAUAAAGGAGAUCCCUGGAUUAGGGUCCAUUUUGAAAACCCUUCCCUUAGUGAAGGGCAGAAGAUUCGUCUCCAGCAAUCACUAGUCAUUGGAGAAGAGGUCCAAGAAGGGCCCUUGGUUAUUGAGAUCAUUGGAGCACAGUCACAGCGAGGGAAUAGACACAACUGUUCACCUUAG